CGAAACGUUAAUCUAUACCUAACAAUGGUAAAAAUUUUAUGCGAGUAAUGAUGGAUAAUUUAUCGCACACAGCUGUUGCAAUAAUACUAAUUAAUAAAAUUUUUAUAAGACCAAUUUUUUGGGCCGGCUUUAUGUUUAUUUGAGAGGAAGUAUACUGCUACACUGUUGUUAAUUCCCUCAUAAGCACGGAUUGGUGACGGACACGAUUUAUCAGUUCCACUGAAAAUGGGCACAUCAAAUUAUGGCGCCACGGAAACCGAUCUCCCACAAUAUCCCGACCUGUUCGGCACUCAGGAAACGCCGAAGUUCGCCGAUCAGGCACCCACCCUUACUGUGAGCAGCGUGCUGCAUUCCAGAAAUCCCUUGGUCCGCAGUGCCGAACUGAAAGCCAGACGUAAAGUGCAAUUCUGGAAUCUAAUCCAAACUGGACUGGCGUAUAUGUUUCUGCUUUCUUCCGUGCAAACGGCCCUUUCCAUUGGAACGCUGGUUCUGAACAGUGUGGAUGAUGAGAAAUUUCACGGAACUAGCACUAUUGGCUACACGGUGUUGGGAGUGACCUACUGUGUACUAGCUGUUGCGUUUUGGCUGUCCCAACCUGUGGUGGCUAACAUUGGACCAGUGAAUUCGAUGAUAAUUUCAGCCGAUAUUAUCCUUCUAGUGUGUUUUAUAUUGUUCCUCGUGGUAUUCAUACGACCUCUAAUGGUUCUAAUUUUCAUCGCGGCCAUUGUUGCGGGAUUUGGAUCAGCUGUGCUGUCCACAGCCGGCGGCGUGUUCAUGGCGCUGAAUUCCGACAGCGAAACCAUUGGCCGGAAUACUGGCAUAUUUUAUGGAUUAUACGAGACGAGCUUAGUCUGGGGUAAUGUGGGAUUCUUUCUAAUCAUGAGCGGCUCUGUGGAAAUCAGCACGAAACAGCGGUACUUGAUAUUCGCAUUUCUCUUAUCGCUGGCGGUAUUCGGAACGAUUCUUGUGUUACUUCUAAAACGACGACAAGCCGCCUCUGUACUGCAGCCAUCAGAAUUUGCGAGGGCGAUAGACCGCAAUUUUUGGGAUUCCAUGAAAGCUGCGAUAAUGCUUACGCAAGAUCCCAAUGUUUUAUAUAUGACACCUUUGGUAAUAUAUUUAGGGUUAUCUUCAGCAUUUAGAAAUGAUAUAUACAAUUCGUCCAUUGGAUACACUGAUCGCUUCCGCUCGUUAGCGCUGGUGGGAAUGGCCGGUGUCUUUCUUGGACUGGGUGAACUGACCGGAAGUGCUAUCUGUGGCGCAGUUAGUAGUAAAUUUCCGUAUAUGAAUCGCGGAAAAAUUGUGAUCGGCGGAGUGACUUUCAGUGUUAUUGCAUAUAUUUUUAUCUAUCUUAAUCUACCAUCCGAGGCUAACCUAGGUCCAACGGAUGGCGUGUCCAUAAUCAGUCCUCCCAGCAAAUUCGUUGCUGUAUUAUGUUCGUUCCUAAUGGGAAUUGGGGAUGCCUCUAUUAACACUCAGAUUUACGCUCUACUGGCGGAAAUGUUCGGCAGAGACAUUGUACCUCCUGUCGGAUUGUUUCAAUCUGUUUAUGCUGUUUUCUGUGCGGUUGCCUAUUUUUACAGCACAUCGCUGAAACUGUAUGCUCAGAUGCUGAUUUUGAUAGUUCUCUCCGUUGCCGGCUGUUCGUCUUUUACGAUUAUGGCCGGGCGAUUUGCUCGCAGCCGGCAUUUUGAAGAUCUCUAAUGUUAAUUAGUAUAAGCAGUCACAAGUGUUAUCCAUCCCAUUUCCUUCUAGUUUUCCUGUAAAUUUUCCUAUAGCAGUAUGUUAUGCGUAAAGUGCGUAUGAUGUCUAAAUAAAAUUAUAUCAAAAGCAUUUUUGCAAAACUAUGGACAUACCAUGCCGGUGUUCAGUAUCUACACAUGAUUUCGUAACUGGCGAACUAGUUCUGUGCCAUCUGUUUCUUCUGUUGCAUUUCUACAUUGCCCAGCGGAAAACU